GAAAUCCCAUGGAAUCUCCAAUUGGAUAACGGUUACAAGGACUCUGAAAACCAACCGGCACAUUGAACAACGCCCAAGUGGUGGUUAUACACACAUGUUUCAGCCUCAGGUACUUUCUUUCUCUCUUCUUCUCUUAGAUUUUCUGCAAAAAAUGUGGGUCCAUGAGCACCACUGAAGCACAGCACAAAGCCAUUUUCAAUGACAACAAUUUCCACUGAGGUUUGGCCUCAGACCCUCCCUUUCACCACCCGACUGAAACCCACCGCACAUUCACAUCAAAGCAUUGUCGUGAGUUGCAGAGUCCCUAACGCCAACGACAAGAGUCACGGCUCCAGAAACCCACAACAGGUUAGCGCUUCUGCUGAAACGAGGCCAACCUAUUUGCAAAAUGUUGAUUUCAAAGAGACCCAUUUGAUGAAAGUCCUCAAUAGGUCCUGCAAAGCAGGCCACUACAAAGAGUCACUCUACUUUCUUGACUGCUUGGUUAACAAGGGCUACAAGCCUGAUGUUAUUCUUUGUACAAAGCUCAUUAAGGGGUUCUUCAACUUAAGAGAUAUCCAAAAAGCCGUAAGGGUUAUGCAAAUCUUGGAAAAACAUGGUGAACCGGAUGUUUUCGCGUAUAAUGCAGUGAUUAGUGGGUUUUGCAAGGCUAAUCAGAUUGAAUCCGCGAACAAAGUGCUUGAUCGAAUGAGACAUAGGGGAUUUUUGCCUGAUGUUGUUACAUAUAAUAUAAUGAUUGGGAGUCUAUGCAGUAGGGGAAAGCUUGACUUAGCUUUGAAGGUCAUGGAUCAGUUAUUGAAAGAUAAUUGCAAGCCAACUGUGAUUACUUACACAAUUUUGGUUGAGGCAACCAUUCUUGAAGGUGGGAUUGAUGAAGCUAUGAAGCUUUUGGACGAGAUGCUAUCAAGAGGGCUUCGACCCGACAUGCAUACUUACAAUGCGAUCAUUAGGGGUAUGUGCAAGGAAGGGAUGGUGGAUCGUGCUUUUGAGUUUGUUAGGAGCUUAAGUUCCAAGGGUUGUGAGCCUGGUGUAGUCACUUACAAUAUUUUGUUAAGGGUACUUUUAAAUCGUGGGAAAUGGGAUGAGGGGGAGAAACUAGUUAGCGAAAUGAUUUCAAGAGGUUGUGAGCCGAAUGUUGUUACUUUUAGCAUUUUAAUUAGCUCGCUCUGCCGUGAUGGUAAUAUUGAGGAGGCUGUGAAUGUAUUGAAGGUUAUGAAGGAAAAGGGAUUGACUCCGGACGCUUAUAGUUACGAUCCAUUGGUUUCUGCAUUCUGCAAAGGAGGCAGAUUAGAUUUGGCAAUAGAAUUCUUGAAUUACAUGAUCUCUGAUGGUUGCUUGCCAGAUAUUGUGAACUACAACACAAUCAUGGCCACUUUAUGUAAGAAUGGAAAUGCUGAUCAGGCUUUGGAAAUCUUCGGGAAGCUAGGGGAAGUAGGUUGUCCUCCUGAUGUGAGUUCUUACAACACAAUGUUCAGUGCACUAUGGAGUUGUGGGGACAGAGUUAGGGCUUUAGGAAUGAUAUCAGAGAUGGUGAGCAAAGGGAUUGGUCCUGACGAGAUUACUUACAAUUCACUUAUAUCGUGUUUGUGCAGAGAUGGUAUGGUGGAUGAUGCGAUUGGGUUGUUGGUAGAUAUGGACAGUAGUGGGUUUAAGCCAACAGUCGUCAGUUAUAAUAUCGUUAUUCUUGGAUUGUGCAAGGCUCACAGAACUGAUGAUGCCAUUGAAGUGCUCGCAGCAAUGCUUGAAAAGGGAUGCCAGCCGAAUGAAACUACUUACAUUAUGUUGGUUGAAGGGAUUGGUUUUGCAGGGUGGCGAGUUGAAGCUAUGGGUUUGGCUAAUUCCCUUUUCAGAUUGGGCGCUAUACAUGAAGAAUCAUUAAAACGGUUGAACAAGACCUUUCCCAUGCUUGAUGUUUACCAAGGGCUCACCUUUUCUGACAUUAAGAAAGUUUCUGAUGAUCUACCUUCGACAUAGUCCGAUUUUAUUAUUGGGUUCUUCUAACGGGAUCUUGUUCUCUUAUGUUCAAUGAUAUUCCCUUGGUUAUUAUCUCUCUCUUUCCAAACAUUCUGGGAAGAAAAUGUUUUGUCAGAUAGACAUCAUGACCAGUGGAGAAACAAAUCUAUGAUCGCUUUGACGACGGAAGCUUUUGGACCUUGCAAAAAGUAAUGAGAUAUGUUCAAUGCGAAGAAACUUAACGUUGAAUCGCAUUCAAAUGAAAUGUUGUAUCCUUAGAAAUUGAAUUCUAACUGGCCAGUUGACAUGAUGAGAAAUGGAAUAGGCUUGCAGACGAAGCAAAAAGGGAGAGCAGAAUUGAAGAAGGAUAUUAUCAGGCCCGGCAGGAUAGUUUUGGCUUGUAGCUUUGCAUAAUUGGCAGGCAAAUCACCACAUACCUUCAAUUUUGGCAUCACUGAGCUAGGGACAGCUUUAUAAGAUAUCACAGAUGAAGAAUGAUGGAGUAUAUCUUAAUCUGUUUCAGAUGCUUGUAUGUACUUUUGUGAAUCUUACAAAUUAUCUCUGCAUUAUAUCAAUUACAUAACAAAUUGUUGGAAGUUUUGCU